AUGGAUGCUGUACCUCGUACGAGGUGCAUCUCCACUGAUGACUCGAUGGAGGGCGCCACGGAGAAUGACCAGAGAGGCAGUCGCUUGUUCACCCUCCCUGCAGAGAUCAGAGCCUCCAUCUUCGAACUUGCGUUGACUUCUUACGAUGAUCCUGCCAAACCGUACCGAGCCGACAGGAAAUACUACAGACCAGGCUAUCACCAUCAUCAGAAGAUCGAUUGCUCCCUGCUACUAACCUGCAGAAGGACCUAUCGCGAAGCCAGACUUUUGCCCAUCUCGGUCAACGAGCAUGUAUUCUGGCUGUUCAAUGGUCCUUGGAAAUUCAUUCCCGGCAAUAACCGAAACACGGCUCGAUGGACUUACUGGUAUGUCAACCUGACAGAGGACCAGAAAAGUGCAGUGCAAACAGUCCACAUCUUCACCCAACAGUGUUAUUUGGAGGACUUGUUGGUAACCGACGCCUGGCGGUUCUCUUUCAGAACAUCCUGCCUUCAUCUAACGCUUCGCCACGCUGACUGGUGGUCGUGGGAGUCUCCCGUUGGAUCCAGUGACUGUCUGGGCAUCUGCCCAUGGCGUCCUCAUCGAACGUCAUAUCAAGAGAUGCUCUUUGAGCCACUUGAGCCAAGCCUAGCUUACAUCCGUGAUCGCAUGGGUGAACGGACCUGGGGAGGCGCCGUGUGCAAAAUUCGGGGGCUAAGAAAACUGGUCAUGGAGUUUGAGAUUGAUGAGAAGAAAAAGUCGCAAUUGCAGGUUGUUGCUGAAAGAGCUAAGCAUUGGAUAUUUCCGUUGGCGGGAGAGGAAUUCGUGCUCGAGUGGACGGGCCAGCUGGAGGAAUCGUCCUGGGAAGGUGUGCGAGACCUCAGAGAUGAUUACCAUUUCAUGAGAGAGCAACCCCUGCAAGCAAAUCUCCCAAGACGCAAGUAUUAUGUUGUGAAGAUGACUUGGAGAGCGAAAACUGCAGCACGAGGAGGGCUCUUCAGGACUACAGCUAUGUCAGGGGCUUAG